UCAGUCAUUAUUAAUGAAAAUAUUUAAACAAAAAUGCGGCUAAGAGUUUUAUAAAGAUUUAAAAAACUGUCUGUUAUUUUGAUGUGUGUUUAUGAAUUGUUUUGGUGCCAUUCACCUAUAUUGAUUUAUCAUGCCAGUGACCUGUUUUUCGUGUUUGUAAUGAGUAACACAUAAAUAUUUAAUGUAACCAUUAGACGGCUGCAUACACAUGUUUCGGGAUGAGUUUCUGAUAGGAAACAGUGAACCGAAAGUGAUAUGAUGGAAGAGUUAGUGCACAAAAAUACAUUAAGGUUCAUAGUGAUUAGCUGAAAACUUGCGAAAACGUUUAUAAUUCGUUAUGGUUUGCAUUUUUCACAAUGAUGACGCCUAUUGAGGAGAAGAAAGAUGAACAUAUAUAUACAGAGAUCCGCACGGGCAUGGUGCAGGUGUCGGACGGCAAGUCGCGGCCGCGGCCGGCGCGGCUCGUGCUCACCAUGGACGCGGUGACCGUGCAGCGCGAGGUGCCCGUGCCCGCGCAGCCGCCCAAGGACAAGAACGAGCGUAUGGUGCAGGUCACCCGUCAGAAGGUGGGAGGUCUAGGUCUAAGUAUAAAGGGUGGUUCGGAACAUAAACUACCGAUACUCAUCUCAAAGAUAUACAAAGACCAGGCCGCCGACCAGACGGGGCAGCUGUUCGUCGGCGACGCUGUUAUUAAAGUGAAUGGGGAGUACAUAACAGCGUGUAAGCAUGACGAUGCCGUGAAUAUACUGCGGAAUGCGGGAGAUAUCGUGGUACUUACUGUGAAGCACUACCGAGCCGCAACACCCUUCCUGCAGAAACAAGUUCCCCUCAUGAUGGGUUACGUGACGAGGUACGUGCUGGGAACGGACAAGCUCAGGCCGGGCGCAUUUGAAGUGCGAGGAGCGCGUGGAGGCAGCACGGGCGUGCUGCAUGCGGAGGAGCCGGCCGCGCUGUCUCGAUGGCUGAAGGCCAUCUCCGACAACGUCGUCGGACUCACCAACCUGCAGAUGAAGCUGUUCAACCGCCAUCUGCCGGCCGGGGAGCGCAUCGAGUACAUGGGGUGGGUGGUGGAGGGCGAGGUGUCUGCGGCGCAGCCCUGGCAGACCUACCGCCCUAAAUUCCUCGUCCUGAAGGGAACUGAUGUCAUGCUCUUUGAUGUGCCACCGAUGAACGUGGCCGAGCUGGCCAAGUGCCCGGAGACGCUGAAGGUGUACCAGACGAUGUUCCGCACGGUGAAGGAGAGCGAGACGGUGGACUGGCGCCAGCACUGCUUCCUGGUGCAGGCCAGCGCGGCCGGGCCCGGCGCCGCCGGCCCGCGGUACUUCUCCACCGAGACCAGGCAGCAGCUGCUGCGGGUCGACCGCGCCUGGACUGCCAACGUGCUGCACUCCGUGGUGCGGCUCGGGAAGAAGACGUUCACUGUGGUGCACCUGGGGCGCGCGGCGGGGCUCACGCUGGACUGGGCGGCGGGGUUCUCACUGACCGAGGGCACGCCCGGGGCGCCGCCCGUGUGGGCCUACAGAUUUUCUCAAUUAAGAGGCUCAAGCGACGACGGCAAGUCGAAAUUAAAAUUGCACUUCCAAGACUCGGAAACUAAAGUUAUCGAAACUAAGGAGUUGGAGUGCCAGAUACUGCAGAGCCUGCUGUUCUGUAUGCACGCGUUCCUCACGGCGAAAGUAGCGUCCGUCGACCCGGCGUUCCUCGCAUCCAUACAACAGUCCAACUAAGUAACAACACCUACUAUUAAUAGCAGAGAAUAAAUGUAAACACCACUUAGAUUGUGGAAUGAACU